AUGGGUGAGAGAAAAGGGCAGGAUGAGAAUUUUAACUGCCUUCACAAGCUGGGCUUGGCCACCCUUUUCCUGGCUUCCUGCUCAGCUGCCUUUCCCCAUGGUGCCAGCAUCAUGGCCUGUGAAGACAUGUGGCCCAGACACAUGUACAUAACACCCAGCACCCACCAUGUUACCAUCCACUCCAGCAGGGCUUCCUACUUGCCAGGAAACAAGAUUCCAGUUUCUGUUAGACCUAAUCAAGUCUUCAUGGGGUUCCUUCUGCAAGCAUGCACAGUGGCUGAUGACCAGACAGCUGGCACCUUUGUUUCCGCUCCUCGCCAUUCUAAACUGAUGAGUUAUUCUGAAGAGGCAGACACUGUCACUCACGGACAAAGUGAGAGUGAGACUUUAGAAGAAACACCACACCUCCAUGUGGGAAUCCUGCCCCCUUGGGUGUCUGCUGACAUGCUGGCAGACCGAGCUGAAGAUGAGAGCAUCCUAGACACUGCUCCUGCCAGCAUUAGGGUGACAACAUUUCCUGGGGAUGCAGAGAAUCUGUCUCAGUCAUCUUCACACACAUCUACUGGAAGUGGCAGUGGCCAGCAACCCAGAAGAUGGAGCAACCCAACCUUAUAACCAUCCCUGGAUGUCCACAGGUUAGAGAGGCUUGUGACCUUCAGAGAAGGCUCCCUAUACAGCUUUGUUUCCAUCCCAAGCACCCACCAUAGGAGCCCGUCAGAUGCAUCCAGACCCUCUGUCAGCUUCUUAUAUGAGCACAGGGAAUACGGACUGGAGGAGGAAACUGCAGAGAGCGGUAUGGGAUACCUUAGCAAGGCCAGCGUAAGACCUGGAGUGAAGCUAGAGGAAACUGGUGCCCACCUGGAGACCCAGCUCAGGACUUCUCAUGUAGGAACCCCGAUUUGCCUGUCAGCCACCCUGGCUCUGACCCUGGCUGCUGGACUUUGCUAUCUGUGUUGCUGGUAUUGCCACCAGUGGACAGAAAGGGUCCUUUGGUGA